GCAUUAUGAAAUUGCAUCGUAUUUCUGAACUGUUUGAUCUGAGUUCUACCGAUUUGUUCAGUGUGUUAGCUACUUUUGACUUUUAUGCUGUAGUCCACUUUAAUUUCAUACAGUAUCACCAUGUCGGUGGCGUUUGCACCUCACAGGCAGCGCGGGAAGGGUGAUAUAACACCCGCUGGAAUACAAAAGUUACUUGAUGAAAACAACCAGCUGAUUCAGUGUAUAAUGGACUUCCAGAGUAAAGGCAAAACAGCAGAAUGUUCACAGUAUCAGCAGAUGCUGCACAGAAAUUUAGUGUACCUGGCCACGAUAGCAGACUCUAAUCAGAACAUGCAGUCUCUCCUCCCUGCUCCGCCCACUCAGAACAUGCCGAUGGGCCCUGGUGGGAUGAACCAAAGUGGGCCCCCUCCUCAGCCUCCUCAUGGUCACAACAUGCCCUCUGAGGGGAUGGUUAGCGGUGGCCCUCCAGCCCCACAUAUGCAGAACCAGAUGAAUGGACAGAUGCCUGGUCCUAAUCACAUGCCCAUGCAAGGUCCUGGUCCAGGCCCCAACCAGCCCCCAAACAUGCCCAGUGGCACUAUGAAUAUGCCCCCCAGCAGCCAUGGCUCGAUGGGUGGCUACAAUCACACUGUCCCGUCCUCCCAGGGCAUGCCAGCUCAGAGCCAAAUGAAUAUGACCCAGGGGCAACCCAUGGGAAACUAUGGGCCUCGUCCAAACAUGAACAUGCAGCCCAAUCAAGGCCCAAUGAUGCACCAGCAGCCUCCAUCACAGCAGUAUAACAUGCCUCCUGGUGGUGGCGGACAGCACUACCAGGGACAACAGAACCCAAUGGGUAUGAUGGGCCAGGUCAACCAAGGGAAUCAUGUCAUGGGACAGAGGCCAAUGCCUCCCUACAGACCCCCACAGCAAGGACCCCCUCAGCAGUACCCAGGGCAGGAAGACUACUAUGGGGACCAGUACAGUCACGCAGGACAGGGAGCCUCAGAAGGUAAUGCCCAGUAUGGCCAACAGCAGGAAGCGUACCAGCAAGGCCCUCCCCAGCAGCAGGGCUAUCCUCCUCAACAGCAGUACCCAGGUCAGCAGGGCUACCCACCACAGCAGCAGGGUUACGGUCCCUCUCAAAGUGCCCCAGGACAGUAUCCUAACUAUCCUCAGGGGCAGGGGCAGCAGUAUGGGGGCUAUCGCCCUCCUCAGCCCGGACCCCAGGGCCAGCAGCAGCGCCCGUACGGUUAUGACCAGGGCCAGUAUGGAAAUUACCAGCAAUGAGAGAUGGUCAGCAUUCUCCACAGCUCUGCUCUUUCAGAGCUCUGACCUCUGGUCAACUGCUAAGCAGACUUUAAUGAUGGUUUCAGCUCACUGAGAUUCUCUCGGACACAAACACACAACACUCAAAAAUACAAGAUACAUUUUCCCUCUCUCUUUGGGCUUUUAUCCCUGCCUACAAAAUGGUUGUUCAUCAUGUACAUUGACAUGACAGUGUCAAAGUGCAUGACUCACCCUCUGGUCCAGUAUGUCUCAAAGCAGCAAUGCCUUAAAAGUGGAACUGCCUUAUCCUUUAGCAUUGCAGAUUGUGAAAUGGGCUAACAAAAUUUUGAAUAGCAGAUGAUUUAAAUGUACAGUUUCAUUUUACUGUGGUGCAUUGUUUCUCUAUCCUUCAACUCCCUGAUCAUAAGAAGCAAUAAUGCCAGCAGUAGGGAAACAUGUGGGGACUUUUAGAUGAAAUAAUGCACCAGAUGAACUUCCAGCUAGGCCAUGGUACAUGUCUUGAUGUAUGUGAUGAUGUAAAAAUAUAUUUUAUGCUUUUUAGAUCAAGCUAACUUUGUAUAAGACAUUGGAAACUAGUACUAAAGCUGUGUUGUUUAUUUCAUGAAGUGUAUGUGUCAAUGUUUUUUUUUUUAAAUGCUCUUUAAUGACGAUCCCAUCCAGCACAUUUUCUUUGUUGUCGAACUGUGUAACUUUUCACUAAGAUCUGCUACUCCAGUGACAUGGACACUGAAUACUUGAUGUGAAAAUUAUGUGACAUGCACAGAAGGUCCUCAAAGAACAAAUAUGAACAGCAGACCUGAAUUUGGAAAACAUUUGAGGUCUGAAAAAACUCAUAACAAUGGCUGUGUUCUGUGUUGAGUUUUGACAACGAAAAAAUAUUACAUUUGGAUCAGUAGUAGAUUUUGAAAACAUUACCUGAUAGAGGAAUGGCCAUUGGCCUUAUUUUAAAAAUGUACCCGAAGAGGUCAUAUGUAGCAGGUGCCACUGCAAAUUGUAACUUAAUGCGUUCUGGAGCCUUUUUUUUUCUGUACAAGCACCUCAGUCUUGUCCAUUGACUGCAAAUUGGUGAAUGGGAAAGGUCAAACUUGGUAUAACAUAUUUCUGACAAGUACUUUGCUUCGUUAGUCUACAAUGUUAGUUGGUUAGUUGACAAUGCUGGAAUCCCUUUCCCCUUUGAAUAAACGUCUAAGUUGAUGUCAUUCAAAUAGUGUUGUGUGUGAAUAAUAAAGAUUGUUACUGUCAAAUAUGUAACAUAAGAUGUGAAAAUAAUGUUCUGAAAUGGAUUCCUUAAUUUCACAGUAAAGACUGGUUGUGCAGUUUUAUAUCACUGGCUUGAUAUCUGUAUUAUGGUGCAUAUUUUAUUGAUCCCAUAUGUACAGCGGCAUAAAGAAGAGGAAUUCAACGUCCUCUGGUAUUGUUUAUAUGGCUGUUUUAAUAUUUUUCAUUCUACACCUCAUUGAAGUGGUGGUCACAUUUGUGUCAUGGCAAUGUAUAACUGUACAUUAUAAUAAAUUGGAAGAAUCUUUAA